CCUUGCAGAGUGGGUUUCUACCUGUUUGGGUGUUUUAUUUUAUUUUUUUCCCCCCUUCCCCUCCCCUCCCUUCCCUCUCCCUGCCGUGUGCCGCGGGGUGGUGGGAUCGGUAGGGUCGCAAUUUCCCAGGCUCUCCGGAGAAAACUCGGGCGAGGGAGAGCGGCUUCACGCUCAUGGAUGCGUGGGGGGGCCCCGCGCCCCGCUGGAUCGGCCGCCGCGGGGCCCGGCUGCUGCUGCUGCUGCUGACCGUGCGCCUGGGGAGCGGGACAUCUCAGAUAAAGGGGAACCUUUGCUAUGAAUAGCCAUGUAUCUGAAUCAACUGUUUUCAGCCUUGACUUUUUUUUUCAGAGGCUACAUGGAACAAUGGUGUUUGCAAGAUUUCUCCCCUCCCUUCCUUUUUAUUUUUUUUCUUUUAAGUGACCUCAAAUGGACAUGGGGUGCAGAUCGGGAUUCUCUGGUAAGUGUCACUGUGCCCUACCUGUGGUGGUAAAACUCCUGAAGCAACUGAAGAUCCUCAGAGCUGAUAAAGCAGAUGAUGAGGACGAUGAAGAUCUAAUGGUGAAUAAAACAUGGGUCCUUGCACCAAAGAUUCAUGGUGGUGAUGUAACUCACAUAUUGGACUCCUUACUUCAAGGAUAUGACAAUAAGCUUCGGCCAGAUAUUGGAGUGAGAACUACAGUCAUUGAAACAGAUGUCUAUGUUAACAGCAUCGGUCCAGUUGACCCAAUCAAUAUGGAAUACACUAUAGAUAUAAUUUUUGCCCAGACUUGGUAUGACAGUCGUCUAAAAUUUAACAGCUCAAUGAAGGUGCUUAUGCUUAAUAGCAAUAUGGUUGGAAAAAUCUGGAUUCCAGACACUUUCUUUCGGAACUCAAGGAAAUCUGAUGCUCACUGGAUUACAACUCCUAAUCGUUUGCUUCGAAUCUGGAGUGAUGGAAGAGUAUUAUACACUCUAAGGUUGACUAUUAAUGCUGAAUGUUAUCUUCAGCUUCAUAAUUUUCCAAUGGAUGAACACUCCUGUCCUCUGGAGUUUUCAAGCUAUGGAUAUCCCAGAAAUGAAAUUGAAUACAAAUGGAAGAAAACCUCUGUUGAAGUGGCAGAUCCAAAAUACUGGAGAUUGUAUCAGUUUGCAUUUGUGGGGCUACGAAAUACAACUGAAAUUUCUCAUACCUUGUCUGGUGAUUAUAUUAUUAUGACAAUAUUCUUUGAUCUCAGCAGACGUAUGGGAUAUUUUACUAUUCAGACAUACAUUCCUUGUAUACUCACAGUUGUUCUUUCAUGGGUGUCAUUUUGGAUCAAUAAGGAUGCAGUUCCUGCAAGGACUUCUCUGGGGAUCACAACAGUGCUGACCAUGACAACGCUGAGUACAAUUGCUAGGAAGUCACUCCCAAAGGUUUCCUAUGUGACAGCAAUGGACCUUUUUGUUUCAGUUUGCUUUAUUUUUGUGUUUGCUGCCUUGAUGGAAUAUGGCACCUUACAUUACUUUACCAGCAACAGAAAAGGGGUCAAAGGAAAAGAAAAGAAGGCAAAAUCUAAGCCAUCAAAACCACCUGCAAUUGCUGUUCGACCUGGAUCAACACUAAUUCCAAUGAAUAACAUUAAUCAUCUCCCUGAACGUGAUGAUGAUUAUGGAUAUGAGUGCCUAGAAGGAAAAGACUGUGCUAGUUUCUUUUGUUGUUUUGAAGACUGCCGCACAGGAUCUUGGCGAGAAGGAAGAAUACACAUCCGUAUAGCAAAAAUUGACUCCUAUUCUCGAAUCUUCUUUCCAACUGCCUUUGCAUUGUUCAACCUUGUUUACUGGAUUGGCUAUCUUUAUCUGUAAAUUUCAGAGGUUUGACAAACUCAGAAAAAAAUAUUGAUUGAAUAGUCAUUAAUACUUUUAACUGAGCAAAGAUUAGAGCUGGUCCAAAAUGACUCAAAUUGUUUGUAUGCUUUAAAAAUUUGAAACAAUGAGAGGAAAUAUGAUGAUGUAGUCUCCCUCUUGUGAUCAGCUGUAGAACUGAUACUAGUAUUUUGAAGAGAACAUUUUAAAAUAAAUAUCCCUAAGAUUUAUCUUUCCUGAACACACAUACAUACAUUUUUUUCCAGCUCUAAGAAAAUGCAGAAUCACAGGCUAUGCUAUUUAACUGAACCAACCAUAAGCUCUCAAUUUUAAUCCUAAAUGACAAUGCAGAAGGAUUUUGUAGCAUCUCUUACACCUUUGCAAAGAAAGCCUUAAUUAAAUGGGAUUAGUUACUCUCAUCCAUUUCAUCCAUAAGGUGAUGAUUUUACUAAUCACUAAUUUUAAAAAGUUGAAAUGUAACAUUUCUCUUUUCAGUCAGCCAUUUGUUCUAUCCAGUAUGUUAAAAAGUGUGAUUAGAUGAUAACUAAUCAAUUCAGAUUUAUACAGAAUGCAGAUAUAGGAGCAGCUAGGAAUGGAUGUGUCAAAACACCCAAGGAUAAUUCUGAGCUUGUCUUAUCUUGACCAUGGAUAGAGACUUUUGGCUUUCAACCUUAGAUUACGUUUAUAUCUGUGCUCCAUUUCCUGUUCCUGUUUCCUGCUCAUUGUCGUGAGUUCCCCAAAGUUGUCCAAGAGGUCUACAACUUUCAGAAAUUCUUAUCCCGCUGCCAUUGCCUGCUCAAUUCAUGGAAAGCAGACUGGUGUUGGCCCAGAUUAUGGCCAUUAAGCAUGAUGUUCUUCACAUACUCAGUGUUGGAGAAAAAGUUAUAACCCUACAUUUGGAAGAAUUUGUAUCAGCAGAAUUUGGAAGGCCUGUUACAGUGCUGUGGUCAUUGUACUCAAAGUGUUAAAUCCCCAGUCCUAAGAGUGCAGUGUGGGAUCUGGCCCCCUUUGCACACAGCAUGGUUUUGUAGAUCCGGUUUGUUACUGCACAUGCCGCUCACUGAGCCAGAGCCAAGUGGCAUUAAUGUAUUGAAUGUGUAGUAUGGAUUGAUGGUUAAUUACCUUCUUGAUAUUUUUUUGCUUCUAAUGGAAAAGAUGUGUUAUGGAGCGGAGGUUAAAAUAAUCCUUAUGCAUUGCUGAACCUUCUCCAAGAUGGGAUACAUCCCCCCAAAAUCGUAGGACCAGUUGUCCAUCCUUUCUGUGGUGAGAGCUUUGGUAGAAAUCCUUCAGGAGCUGUCUUUCUGUACUGACCUGUUGGUGUUGACUAUUGCUGCUGGAAGCAUUUAAUAUCUAAUUUCUAUUUCUAAAUACAUUGUCUUCAUUAUGGAAAAGUGCAGUCUUUCCUCCUUUCUUAAAGACAAAUUGGUCUCAAGUGAGCUUGCAAAAGUCACUGUAAAAUUAAGAUAUGCAUUAAGUAAAAGUCAGCAUUACACAGAAGACCUUACAGAUCUUUAAAGAGGAUUAAUGGGAUUAGUAUUUGGCUGUAGGUAAGGAUGUUCAGUACUAAAGAUAUAGACAUGAUUAAUAGCUAAGAAUAGAAAAUGUUACAUUAAGAGCUCUCCCCUUCCCCCAAUAUUUCUGUUGAAUAUGCUCCCUCUUCUGAAUUUCUUAGAAAGGAUUACUGUAUUUAUAGUUUAGUUGGUACCAGGCAUAGCUAGAUAUGAUAUACAAUACACAUUUCAGAGGAAAUGUUAUUCCAGUGUUGAGCCCCAAAGUUUAAUAGAUAAUGUGAGAUUAUGUGCUGUUGUUAUGGAAGGAGAGAGGUGUGACAAAAGAUCCAAUUUUAAUGAAAACUUUUUUCAGUAUUUAGCUGAUGACAUAUAGGAGUGGUUGAGAGAAUCUGAGAGCCCUGAUGAUGAGGUGGGCUGGCAUUAUUUGUGGUAUGACCUUUCUGAGUACCAGCUCUUCUGACUGUUGGACUGAGUGUAGAAGUGUGGUAUCAUUAACAACAUUGAUCUGCUAUAAUUUAUUGGUUUUUUAGAGUCUCAUUUUCAUAAAAUGUUCAGUCCAAAAGAAACAUGUCAGUUUUUAUUCCAUAAUGUAGGUUGAUGCUUUUUGACAGCAUGCUGAACACUUUCUUCUGUAGGAGGGAUGAAGGUGGCUUCAGCAGUAUAUUGGAUGUGUGCUUGAAAAGCAGUCAGCUUGCUGUACAAUGCAAGGCCCAGAUUUAGUGAGUCCCUGAGGUUCAUUAAUUCACCUUUAAACAAAGGAAACUUAAAGGAACUUGGCACUGCACAAGAGGAAAUUCAAAUUUCACAGCCUGCUCUCCUCUGGCUCAUCUAGUUAGCUUUUUCUAUUCAUGUGGUUGUCAGUUGCCAAUCGGCCUCCAGUGACUGAAUUGGAGAACUGAAAACAUUCAGAAUUGGCAAGGGAUGGAUAAGAAGUCUUUCAUCUCUAAUUUCUAUGGAACAGUGUAAUGGAGUAUUAAACCUAUUGAGUGUUAUGGCUGUUUGGCUUAUGGAUACACUUGCUUCUGUCUGUUGACAAACUUUUCUGUGUACUUCAUUUGUUUCUGAUGAAAUAAUUUUAGUUUCUCAUAGUACUGUGAGUGCAAAUAGGAAUGAGAAUGCAGUGAAAUGUAACAUGGCAUGUAAUAAAUUUGUUAUUUUAGUCCUAUCCAUUUUCUUUCUAAUCUGCAUGUAAACGUUUGAUUCCAAAAAAUCUAAGUGAUACUUUUAAAAAAUGGCAAGAAACAAACAGUAUAAUUAAUUGGAGUUAGAUGCUGCAAAUUUUCAAACUUAACUGGAUAAAAAGUUUUUUUACUCUUACUUGGGAUCAUAUUUUUUGGGAGUCAUAUUAUUCUGACCAUCGCUGCAUAAGCAAACACUUAAACAUAUUCCUAAUUAGUACUGUUAUUAGACCAGAAUUCAGAAAAGGGAGUUCUUCUGUACUGUCAUGAAGUGUGAUGCUAUCAUGAAUUGAUGCCAUUAACACAUGCUUAAUUUGCACUAAUUUCAAUAAUGAGUGUUCAGUAGCUCAAAUAAUUGAAUAUUAAGGAUGUGAACCAGAGCCUUUUCAGUAAAAAAAUUUCUUGUAGAAAGAGAGGGACAUAAGAGGAGAAAUUGCUCUAAAGGCAGAGAGGGGGAAAAAAUCUGGGAAAACUGUUUUAUACUGCACCUAUCUUUGGCAUAUCUUGAAAUGUAUUUUUCAAAAAAGAGACUUUUCCUUGAUAUUUCUGUAUUAGUGUUUACCAGUUGUCUGUUUUAGUAGUGAGUACAGAUCAGUGUGUUAUUUUUUGGUAAGGUUCUGUCUAUGAUUGUACUUCACUGAACUUCAGUGCAUGUCUUUUGCGUCUGAAUAAAUCUGUUUUAUGUAGUGGCAGUGCAACCAAAGCAUGAACUCUGAGUAACGUAUUUUGUAUUCACAUGUUGAUAUGCUUCAAAGACUUUAACCUUAUCCAGUUUUCUGGCAUUCAGAGAUAUAGGAUUGUGUUAGACUUUGCAGGAGAAUCACCUCCAACAGUAUUUUUAUAACUUUCUGUUCUUUAUUUGGUAUGGUAGUAAAACAUUUGUUUAAAAUUGAUAUAUGAACUGUGCUUUGUAAUUUGUGAACACUUUACAAUCAAAAGAGAACAGGUGGAGUCUGGAUUUAAAUGUCUAUCUGCCUAAAGUAAGAUACGUUUAAUUUGAUUGUAUCACUCAUAAUUUUUGUCUACUGUUUCCAAAUAGAUGAGAAUUAGUGCAAAUACAUUUUUCUGUUACUAUAAUUAUUUUUGUAGAAUUCAUUGUAAUUUUAGUUAUAUCUUAAAUGUGAUCUUUCAUGUUUAUGAAAUGAUACUGUAUUUUUUAGUCAUUAUAAUAGAUACAGAAGAUAGAAACUAAUGUACAAUUCCACAGCUGAAAAAUACAAAGCCAGGAAUCAGAA